UUUGUUUUCCUUAAAUUUUUUCACCAAUCUCACACUUCAAACUAACUAAAGCAUCUUAAGUCAAAUUUGAUGAUUGAGGAUAUAAAUGCACUUAAUACAGGAAACAGAGUACUUAAGGAAGUAGGCUUACAAGUCUGGAUUCAGGUCACUUUACUAUGUAAUUUGAGAAGAAUUGUACUGAGAAAAACCAAACUAAUAACUUCAGGAAACACAUGUCUACAUAGACAUCUCGGCAUUUACAAUAUUUAACUGCACUUCCCUGAUCUGAGAUAAGGAAAUAUUUUGUUUCAUAUAUUCUGCCAAAGCAACAUACUGUAGAUAAAGUGUACAUUCAGUGCAAGUCUGUAUGAUAAAGGGAAUACUUGCCAUCACUUUAUAUGAUCCAAGCAUCGAGACAACAGCUUAUGCAUAAUGUGCCGAUGAGGAUUUACAGUGAAGAUUAAAAAUAUUCUGCACCCUCAAACACUGUAUGCAUUAUUUGCAUGGUGCACUUCUAUGGAGACAGAGACCCUAAUCUUUGACCGUGAAUGACAUCAUCCAGUAAGAACAUGCAGUGAGAUUCUGAUCAUAAACACAACCAUCCGUUGAGUGAACCAUCUACUACUAUAUCCCAACAGUAAGUAGCCUAACUUCAUUUGCAAUAUAAGCUGUCCCAAUCAACAACAGAGAAAGAUGAUUGUCAGGUGCCCUGAAAUGUAUUUAACAAUAUUUAUAAUCUUGAUGUUAUCUUUGAGAUCCAGCGCAGAUGAUGAAAUAAGCGUUUCCUUUGACAAUGGUGACUUUGUGGUCGUUGAAGCUUUCAAAGAAAUCGAACUUAACAUGACGAUCACAUGUUCUACCAAACAUGGCGGGAAAAUGACAUUCAUGUCAGCAGAUGAAUCGGUGUUUACUGUUGAAGAAAACAUGAGUACGAUUGCUUGCUCACCAGGAGACACGGAAGCAAAUGUGACAUAUUCUCUAUGGAUUGAUGGAGUUGCAUUAGGUGUGACCGAUUUGCGAACAGUCUUCCAGAAUUCCACAGGCGAGUAUCUGAUCAACGCUUACUUGGUGAAAGUUUUAAGGAAGCCUUUGUUCACCCCGACAGCGUUAGCAACAAUCCUUUUGGUAUGGAUAUGUGUGUCUUAUGUUACGAUGGGGAAUAAAAUCGAACCAAAAUUGAUACUGGAUCACUUAAAACGUCCCCAUGCUGUAUUGAUCGGUUUAUUAUGCCAGUUUCUAAUCAUGCCUCCUCUGUCCUUAGCAAUCGCCAAAAUGUUCAAGUUGGACGACGCCGCUGCCAUAGGGCUCAUACUCGAUGGAACAUGUCCUGGUGGCUGGUUUAGCAAUGUCUUCACUCUCCUUCUCGAUUGUGAUUUCAAUCUCAGUCUCACGAUGACGUUCUGCUCAACAGUCCUCGCGCUUGGCAUGAUGCCUUUAAAUCUCUUCAUCUACACCCGCUUCUUCCUUGACCAUAAUCAACAGCUUCGGGCACCAUACGGUCAGCUUGCCAUACAACUAGCCUUUCUCGUUGUACCUGUCGUCAUCGGUCUCGGGCUUAGCCAGAAGUUUCCAAAAGUGAAACGAAUCUUUGAUAAGAUGCUGCGGCCGAUGUUGGCUGGGUUGGUCGUAGUCGCUCUUGGAGUAGGAAUCCCGACGCAGUACUACGUUGUCCUUGUGUCCUGGAGGAUAUGGGUCGCAUCCGCUGUCUUCCCGCUGAUCGGAGGUCUUUUAGGCUUUACUAUCGCUCGUGCGACGUGCGUACAACUCCAACCCGCCGUCACAAUCGCCAUAGAGACAGGAGUCCAGAAUAGUCUCCUGGCCAUCACAGUAGUGACUUUGUAUUAUGAUCAACCCGAGAUUGAUCUGAUUGGACGUGUUCCUGCACUCAUUGGACUCCUUGUCGUAAUGGAGGGAGGGGUACUAGCCAUAUUCAAAGCAAUACGAGAUUUCUACAAGACAAGAUCAGAAGUGCCUCAUGUAGAGUUAGAUGAAGAGACCGGAGAUGUCGAGGACAAGGGAAGAACUGUACCAAAACCCCCAGACAUAAAUGAUAUUAACCUAAAUAAUAGAGAAGAUCAACAAAUGGGACAACUUGCGUGAUGCUCAGACUUUAUGAUGUAAAAUGAUAUUUAUUUUUCUUACCACAGAUCUUAAUCAUUCGAUCAAUUUGAAAGGUCGGUUAUUUAAUGAAAUUUUAGUACGAUUAAUGACAAGUCCUGACUGAAAAAAAACCCUCAGGGACAAAGAAUCGUAUUCAGAUGAACUCAGGUUUAAUACAUACUCUGUUCUAACAUGUGGUUUAAGUAUGGAAACUGUGACACAAAUUUCCAACAGUAAUGGUUCAAUUCAUAAGAUUACUUGACACUCAAGAACACACGUCGGAUGUAAUGAACUUGGAAAAGCAGGAUUACUCCAUGUAGUUCAAAGAGAAACAACUAGUAUUGCACCACACGCAUAAAUUAUAUUCCGAUACAUUAGAUCAUUACAUAGCCAAUAAUUUUACCAGUGUCUCAAUUAUCCAUAAAAUUAUGUACGAUACGAGAAAUAGUCAUUUUGAUUUGUAUUACCAAAACGCGAAGGUCAUAUAGGGAACACUUUCUAUUUCAAUGGCAUCCGAUUUUGGAAUUCUCUUAAUAAUCAAGUUAAAGCUGUUCAAAUUUUUCCUCACUUUAAGAGUGCACUAAGGAAAUACUUAAAAGUGGAAUCUACUACAGAACAAUAUUACCAGUAAAAACACACAUUUUGUACAAUUGGUUUUCAGUAUUGUAGAUUAUAGGGCAUACUAAAAUAUAAAGUAAAUAAUUGCCGUUUGCUUCAAGUUUUUGCAAAAUAUUUGAUUGAUAUGUCGUUUUUACCAUGUUCUUGUACUUGUCGUAGUUAUUACAUUUUGUUGUUACAAUAAUGUUUAUAUCCUAUAAUGGGACCCCAUUGAAAAUAAGCCACUCGGCUUUCAUGGGUUAUACCGUCAAGGUAUUCUUCUCACUUAUUGUAUAUCAUAUCAUGUGAUAUUCUUGACAAAUAAAAUAAAUAAAUAAAUCAAAUCCUUAAACCAUGAUAAAAAAGUAAAACACACAAAAUGUAUAGUGUAAACAAAGUUUUUAACUUCUCAGCUUCCAAUAAUGUUAGCCCGUGUUAACCUAGUUUUCAGAAUAUGGACCAAUUAGGGCACUUAUAAAUUUUCUAACAUAUCCUAAUUACUAGUACUUGGCGAUUGUAACGCUUGAAUAUGGUUGUUACCAUGGUAAUUCUUGGGUUUUCUGACCAGUUCAUUAUCUUUGAAGAAUGAUCGAGUCCUGUGUGUGGUAUGUACCCUAUUUCGGGGUGAUGAGAACAAAUAUUUUUGUUGCCAAAUAUAUUUGCUGUCCUUCGGCAGUUUCCAAGCAUGACGAAAUGUAAUUUUUGCAAGAGUGCCAAGUAGUACAUUAUAGUAUAGUAUAGUUGAAAAGGGCGGUAGAAGUGAUAAAAUUCACUAAUUUCAAUUCGAUUAUGAGGAAACUAAGUUCUCAAAAAUGGUUGCUGUUAUGGUAAUGCCUGAAUAAGUAUAAUAUAUGAAGAAAAUGACCAGAAUGUUUGUCCUCUUUUUCGUGAUCACCCGAACGGCUUUCCCGAUAUGUGGUUGCAUCAAAAUUACGUUUUUGGAAACAGUAGGGGAAGAAAAAAAAUAAUGAUUGUCAUCAUUAUUAUAAUCUUAUAAACCGCUUCGGGCCUUAUAGGGAGAAUGCAGCUUAAUUGAUAAUAAAAAUAUAAAUAAUAAUGAAUAAUUUUUAAUGUAAUUUCUUUUUAUAUAUUUAUCAUUAAGGGGGCUGGGAUGUGUGCUUUGCAAUGGAUCAACGUUGAUGAAAGAAAUAAAGACUAAAGAACUGAUAA